UCCUCUUUCACUCCCACCUCUCUCUCUCCUCAAAACCCUAAAGCUCCACUCUUUCGAUUCACGCAGUCCAAUCCCUAAUUACCCAACGCCUAAAAAUCUCAGCUUUCCUCCACCAAAAAGCUCUGAUUUCAGAAAAUGGCCGACGUGCUCAGCCCCGCAGUCCGAUCGGGUCAGGGCUCGGAUCCGCAGCUCAAAUCGGCCGACGAUGCCUCACCGUUCCCGAGGAUCGAGUUUCAUCUCGCGAGAAAGCCGUUCAAGGGGUUCAACAACGACGGCAGUGACUUCCGGCCGGAGACGCUUAAUCCGGGGACUAGCGGCAGCUCCGAUUCACGUAGACCCGGGUCGGGAGGCUCGGGUCAGGGCCAGUCGGGUUCGGGCGCGAAGAAGAGUGUUGGGUCGGAGUUUCUGGAGAACGGGUGGGAUCCGGAGCUCAGUUUUCCCAUUACAUUUCGGAGAAUUGGUGCUGGAUUGAUAAACAUGGGGAACACUUGUUAUCUCAAUUCGGUGCUGCAGUGUUUGACGUAUACUGAGCCUCUAGCCGCCUACUUGCAAAGCGGCAGGCAUCGGAAUUCUUGUCAUAUAAAGAAUGGGUUUUGUGCUUUGUGUGCCAUCCAAGAACAUGUCAGUCUUGCUCUACAGUCCACUAAGAGCAUUUUGCCAAAGGCUCUUGUCUGCAAUCUACAACGCAUAUCGCGAAACUUCCGGAAGUCCAGACAGGAGGAUGCACAUGAAUACAUGGUAAACUUGCUGGAAUCCAUGCAUAAAUGUUGUUUACCAUCUGGAGUGCCAAGUGAAUCCCCUAGUGCCUAUGAGAAGAGUUUGGUACACAAAAUCUUUGGUGGUCGCCUUCGAAGUCGGGUCAAAUGUUUGCAGUGCUCGUAUUGCUCUGACAAAUUAGAUCCAUUCCUAGAUUUAAGUCUUGAAAUAGCCAAAGCAAAUUCAUUGAAUAAAGCACUUGUGAACUUUACUGCUGAAGAACAAUUGGAUGGUGGGGAAAGGCAAUAUCAGUGCCAAAAAUGCAAUCAGAAAGUUCGAGCUAUGAAACAGAUGACCAUCCACAAGCCCCCUAGUGUUCUCAGCAUCCAUUUAAAGCGGUUUCGUGCACAUGACCCUGGACAAAAAAUUAACAAAGAAGUUCAAUUUGGUCCUACGUUGGACUUGAGGCCUUUUGUUAGUGGAGCAUAUCCGGAAGGAGACUUGAAAUAUACUCUUUAUGGGGUUCUAGUUCAUUAUGGGGCUAGCACAUAUUCAGGCCAUUAUUAUUGCUUCGUUCGGACAUCAACUGGCAUAUGGCUCUCUCUGGAUGACAAUGAUGUAAAGCAAGUUCGUGAGAUGACUGUUUUGCAGCAAAAGGCUUACAUGUUGUUCUAUGUACGUGAUAGAAGAAAUGUUAUUCCCAGGAAGCCUGUUGAUGUUACUCAAAAGGAGUAUUUCAAACCAAAUGGUAUUGGAAGUAAGAUUACUCCUGUUGACAACCAUUUGUCGAAAGAACCUAUUCGAAACAUUUCAGCUCCGGCCAGAUCAAGUGAUCUAGCCUCUUCUAUUGCACAAAAAGAUGCAUCAUCUAUUGCCCCAAGGGUCUCCCAACUGAAGGAAGCAUCAGUUAAUCAAAAUAAUGGCCACAUAGUGACACAAAAUGUGGUGCGUAAGAAGGAAACCAUCUCAGAGUCUUUGAAAGUGUCACAAUCAGAGAGCUCAUUGAAAGAAAAUAUAUCACCAUCAACUACGCUUCCAAGCAGUAAAACUAGCAUGUCAGAUUCUGCAACUGCCAUGGCUUUUACAAAUGGUGCCAAAAUAAACGACUGCAAUGACAAAGCAAGUUCAAAUGAUGAUGAUAGGGUUUCAAUUAUGAUAUCGCCUGCUGUCAUAGACCCUGAAAUCUUUAAGGCAUCUAAGCCUGUCCAAGAUGAUAUUUCUUUGAAUAAGAAUCAUGCUCCCAGUGCUAGGAAUUCGAGUGUGGCUUCAUCCAAAAUUCCUAGUGGUUUAGCAUUGGAGAAACUGAAUCCGGAAAAGCCAUCGGAUCCACCAAGCUCUAGAAUCAGUCAGGCUGGAAGUUAUACCAAUGAACAUGGGAAGGCUAGUGAUUGUGGCCAGACAUUGGUACAUGCUGAUUCAGCAAAAUUGUCUGGCUCAUCAGUUGUGACAAAUAAAUUAUUAGUUGUGGAAGCUCCUGACUGCAAGCACCCUAAAGGAUUGAAAAACAAUAACAUAAAGUGUAAGGUGACAAGCAUGCAUUUUCGGCCGUCUUUACUUUCUAGGGCAGUCUUAAGUGUGCAGAAGAAGCAGAAAAGGAGAAAACACCGAACUUUAGAUUGUAGGAGCCUUAGUAAGAAAUACUUAAGAAAAAACUGUCCUUCAUCUGGUCUAGGCCCAUCGACAUCUGAAACUACCCAGACAGAUCACUUGGUUUCUGUCUGUGUAAAGAGAAAGCGAAACAAAUCUGGUUUGAAAACAGAUGAAGAUGGAACUUCUAAUAAAUGCUUGGUGAAUCCUCAUGUUGUUCAGUUUAGAGAGAACAUCAUUCAUAAUGUAACAGUGCUUGCAAGUGAGAAACUACAACAAAAUGGUAUUGGCUCUUCCUCUGUUACACUUGAAAACCAAAGGGAGCCGGGUCGAACUGAUGCUCCACAUAACUGUAAAAAAGAUACAAUGCAAAAUGGAUGUAAUGGUGUGCCAACUCCAGGUCCAGCUGAGACUGUUGUUGCACCUUGGGAUGGAAUUGAAUUGCCUCAGUCUCGUGUUGUAGAAUCAAGCCAUGCACCUAUGACGAUCGGUUAUGUGGGAGAUGAUUGGGAUGAAGAAUAUGAUAGGGGAAAAAGAAAGAAGGUGAGACAAGCAAAACUCGUCCCCGGAGGGCCAAAUCAAUUCCAAAUACUUGCAAACAAGAAAGCACAACAGAACAAGCCAAGAUUACAAAGGUUUGAUUCUGGAAAUCGUCCACGCAGGAUAUGAUGGGUCUGCUGUCUUGUUUUCUGUAGCAGUUGAGACAAAUUGUACGACAGGGAGAGCAUUAGGGUUCUUGACAUUUUUGGGUGCGCUGAGCUGGGGACUGUGUAUCUUAUUCCUGUGGGAGCAUUUCUUAUGCAGUGAUGCAGUCAUUGCUUCAGCUGAAAUGUUGUGUUACAGGGAUAUAUUGAUUUUAUAUGUUUAUUUUUACUUUUAUGUUUAUUGUUGUUCAUCUCCUAUGAAUCUAUGAUUAGUGGGAGCAAUUCUAACUCUGUAGCAUUGUAGCAUUGAAGUGUGUCCUGUAGCUGGUAAAACUUGGGUUCCAAAUAAUUCAAUAAAUAUAGAGAUUUCCCC